GUCACAAGAUAGUGGCAUAGCAGAAAUGGAGGAGCUUCCAGUCCCACACAACAUCAAAAUUAGUAAUAUCACCUGUGAUUCUUUCAAGAUUUCAUGGGAAAUGGAUGCAAAAUCAAAGGAUCGGAUUACACACUAUUUCAUUGACCUGAACAAGAAAGAGAAUAAAAAUUCCAACAAAUUUAAACACAAGGAUGUUCCCACCAAAUUGGUGGCCAAAGCCGUCCCGUUACCCAUGACCGUGCGUGGACACUGGUUCCUGAGCCCAAGGACCGAGUACACGGUUGCCGUGCAGACAGCCUCAAAGCAGGUGGACGGAGAUUAUGUUGUGUCCGAGUGGAGUGAAAUCAUUGAAUUCUGCACUGCAGAUUAUUCAAAAGUUCACUUAACACAACUCUUGGAAAAGGCUGAAGUGAUCGCAGGACGUAUGCUUAAAUUCACUGUUUUUUAUCGUAAUCAGCACAAAGACUACUUUGACUACAUCCGGGAGCAGCACGGGGGCGCCAUGCAGCCGUCGGUCAAGGACAACAGCGGCAGCCACGGCUCCCCCAUCAGCGGGAAGCUCGAGGGCAUCUUCUUCAGCUGCAGCACCGAGUUCAACACGGGCAAACCGCCGCAGGACUCCCCCUACGGCAGGUACCGCUUCGAGGUGGCGGCCGAGAGACUCUUUAACCCCGACACCAACCUGUACUUCGGGGACUUCUACUGCAUGUACACGGCCUACCACUACGUGAUCCUGGUGCUGGCGCCCGCGGGCUCGCCGGGCGACGAGUUCUGCAAGCAGCGGCUGCCGCAGCUCGACUCCCGGGAGAACAAGUUCCUGACGUGCACCGAGGAGGGCGGCGCGCUGGUCUACCACCACGCCCAGGACGUCAUCCUCGAGGUGAUCUACACCGACCCCGUGGCGCUGUCGCUGGGCAGCGUGGCCGAGAUCACCGGCCACCAGCUCAUGAGCCUGUCCACGGCCAACGCCAAGAAGGAUCCCAGCUGCAAGACGUGCAACAUCAGCGUGGGCCGCUAGGGCCGCCCGGCUCCCCGGCCCCCGCCCCCGCCCCGCCGUCCCACGAGCGCCCCCUCCCCGCCGCCCACCGUAGAAGAGCCGAGCUUCCUGGGGGCACCCGCUCUUGCCUAGAUGCUGCGAGGGCCCUCCGCAUCCUUUUUGCUGAACGUAACCAAGUGAAUCUCUAGGCAGCUUAGCGCAAUACACAGUAAUGGCUUUCGGUGUUGUCACAUAUGCAUUCCUUUAAUCUACUGAACCAGCCGGACGAGUCCAGCAGCAUGAGAGCUUGUCACUGCAGCAUGACUUGAGAAUCCUGAAGCCUAGAUUGUCAGCACUUCCACCGCGUUGUUCCAGUGUUAUUUAUGUUAUUUAUAUUAGCUAACAGGAAACAACUGCUGUGUUUCAACAUAAUAAAUAUAAUAGAAAAAUA